CUCAUUUCAGACAGAGAUAGAAGGCGUUGCAAGUUAAAAGGUUACCUUCAUAAAUUUGGAAAAUUCUUACAUAAGGAAGAUCAGAAUGGCCGACAAAGCAGCCGCAAAGGUUUCCAGACCAAUGAAGUACCCGUACACCUUUACUGCCAAAGUCAUGCAAUUUCCUUUGAGGCACUACUUGAAGAACCAGUGGAUUUUUAAAUACUACGCUAUUUCUUUGGUACUUUGUAUGCCAGUCUUCAAAUCUAUCAGUAACCUCGCUAACUCUCCUGAAAAUGUAGCCAAAUGGGCGGAAAUACGUAGGAAGGAAGCUGCAGAACACCAUCAUUAAAUAUGUUUGUCUCAUUAUAGUUAUUCUAGUUCAGAUUUAAUAUUAAUCAUUGGAAUUAUUUGAUUAAACCUUUACUUCU